AUGUCUUUAAACUACGCUUUCGGAUUUUCUCUUUUCCUGCUUGUCCUAGUUGGACUGAAUAUUUAUUUUUUCUACACUUUGAACACCGCUGGAAAACAGUCUCCAAAUUUUAUGAUCCCUAGUUUAAAAUUAGAUUUAACCUCUAAUGUUUUCAAAGAUAUUUACAAUUAUCUAAAUUAUCUUCCAAGUCAGUACAAAGUCAAAAAUAGCAAGUUUUUACCUGUACAAAAAAUACUCUUAGGUUCAUUUAAUUUAAGCGAAAAUAUUAAUACAGCUUCAGUUUGGAGUGAAACUGAAAAGUGGUCUAGUCAAGAUUCCCUAUUUCCAUAUAAGAAUGGAACUGCAGGAAGAAUACUGCAUGCAAUACAAACAUCACAGAUAGCGUUAGUUGAUAAUGCUCCAAAAGGAACACAAUUAAAAUUAUUACUCCUGCUCGAGGGAAAGCAAAAGAUUUAUUUCAAACCAAAAAGAUAUAACUUAACUCAUGUGAUAAAUGGAAAUAUAUAUGGUGGAUAUGAUCGUCACAAUUCUGAAGUGUUUGCAUAUUAUUUAGCAAUGGUUUUAAACUUCAGAUGGAUACCUCCCUCUGUGACUAGACGUGUACACCUUCACAAACAUAUUAUACCAGUUGCUACUAUGGGAUUGAAGAGAACUAUGGUCAAAAAUGAUAGUGGAUCUAUGUGCAUUUACGGCAAAUGUUUUUACUGUAGAAUUAAUGAGACAGUAUGCCCUGACAGUAGCGGUGAAAUUGAAGGGGCGGCAAUAUUAUUUCUAGAUGGACAGUUCAAGACACAUAAAUCUCCAUGGAGAAGGUCCUAUAGCAGUAGAAAAAUGGAAUGGGAGAUUGAUGAUGAUUUUUGUAAAAAAGUAAAGGGUUCAAUCAGUACAAAAAGAUUACUCAAUUUGAUAGAUGUAUCUAUUUUCGAUUUUCUUAUACAAAAUGGCGACCGGCAUCGUUAUGAAGUUUAUAAGGAUCAGAUAAUAUUGCUAGACAACGGUAAAGGUCUGGGGAAUCCUAAAGUUGAUGUGAUGGACAUUCUGGCUCCGCUGUACCAGUGCUGUAUAAUAUCUCCAUCAACAUGGCACAACCUAGAGCUGGUCUCCGGAGGUGUGUUAACAGAUACCAUUAAAUUACUAUCAGCUGUCCGCGAGCGUGUUCUAGCCAGUGAAGAACAUUUUAAAGCAGUUGAGAGAAGAUUACUCAAAGUAUAUGCCACUGUUCAGUAUUGCAUCGGUAAACAUGGUAGAGCAAAAGUUUUCAAGAACGGAUAUGUUUAG